CCGGCUUCCACGCCGCCAGCUGCAGCGCCUCCGUCCCCGGCUUCCACGCCGCCGCCAGCUGCAGCCUCUGCGUCCACGCCAGCUGCAGCGCCUCCGUCUCCGGCUUCCACGCCGCCGCCAGCUGCAGCCUCUGCGUCCACGCCAGCUGCAGCGCCUCCGUCUCCGGCUUCCACGCCGCCGCCAGCUGCAGCGCCUCCGUCUCCGGCUUCCACGCCGCCGCCAGCUGCAGCGCCUCCGUCUCCGGCUUCCACGCCGCCGCCAGCUGCAGCGCCUCCGUCUCCGGCUUCCACGCCGCCGCCAGCUGCAGCGCCUCCGUCUCCGGCUUCCACGCCGCCGCCAGCUGCAGCUUCACCAUCCACGCCAGCGGCAGCCUCACCAUCUACGCCGCCAGCUGCAGCGCCUUCGUCUCCGGCUUCCUCGCCGUCACCUGCGGCCUCUUCG